CGAAGUAUUGGAAUUAAGGGAACAACUCGCCUCAUUGCAGGCAUUACUCAAUAAGUCUGAAUAUGAAGAAGUGACCCUCGAAGAUCUUAAAAAUUCUAUACAUGAAAUGAACCUUAGGUUGCCAGCACUUGAAAAUGACAGUGCAGUGCUAAACUUUAUGUACGAAGUGAAGAGAUACUCGCCUCAGAAUGAUCAAGACCAGCAAAAUGCUCUGACAACAUUUUCAAAAAUGUGUCAGCUUUAUAGAUUCGGAGAAUCGGAUGACCCAUCAUUAUCAGUAUUCCUGCCUUUCACUUGUGGAUGCAAAGUCCUGGAAAAUGAUUCUUCCCAAGCAAUACUUAAACAUCUUAUAGCCGAACUGGAAGCCUGA